GUUAUCUCCCAUGUGUUAGACUAGUUCUGGCGUUUAUGUGGUACAAUUACGUUGUGUAUUUUCCACAGCAUCUUUCUUGCUAAAUUAAGACCAUUUGCGCAGCUUCAUGUAAAGAAGAUAGUUUAGCUUUAAAACGGGUCGUCGAAAUAUAUAAGUAAGGUCCCAAGUGAAUUUUUAAACAUUUGCGUCAAGCUUGAUAAAAGUCGUCAGUAUCUUAUUAACCAGUGAACGCUGUAACAGUGAGAGGCUAAUAACGUUAGGCUAACGUACUAACGGAAAGGAGAAAGCCGCCAACCUUAUCUUCUGAAGUAACGCUAAGGUCGUUUGAUUUGCGUAAUGUCGCUGGCAUCCUGAGACUCAUUAAUGUUAUAAGCGACCUGCGAGUGCUGAAAAAUGAACACACCGCUCGGAAGGAACGGCCUAAUUGGGCUUGCUGUCGGAGCUACAGUCGGCUUGGGCAUGAUUGCCUUAAUAAUUUACAGGGAGAUCAGUAAAAGAAGAUCCCAUAGACUGGUGAAGACAGCCUGCUCAGUUCCUCUGCUGUUGGACGAGACAACGCUGGAUGCACAAGAGGCAGAGGCUCAGCAGCAGGCUCUGGCGGCAGUGGAGGCAGUGGUGCAGGGCCUGUCACCAGCACAGCAGCUGGAGCUCAGGAACCAGCUGGACCAGGUGCUUAGCUGCGUGGCCUCGCUGCGUUCAGAGGUGGCUGAGUUGAGGGGUGGUCUGCAGGACAUUGCCCUACAAAUCAUCCAGGAUGUCAAAAAGGGGGUUGAAGACAGUCAGCGAGUCCGUCGGCGGCGUCAUUUCAUCCACAGAGAACGCAUUGACUCCCCCAGCUCCAGUUCCAUCUACUUCACUGCCAGUCAGGGCAUGGUCAGCACAUAUGAAGAAACCAGCGAAGGAGGGUACUCAACAGCCUAUGCUGACUCAGACUACACAGACCGCGACACAGAUAGAGAGGAGGGCAGGCAGGAUCCUGAACAGGAAUCUGAGGAGGAAGAAGAAGAUAGGAGCUGUGCCACAGUGCUCACCCUCUGCCAGGAAAACUCUCAGGAACAGGAGGUGGAGGACGACGGAGGACUGGAGGAGGAAGAUGAUGAGGGGAGGCUGGUGACUGAAGUCCCCUGCGGGGAGCUGGCUCUCCUCCUGGCUCAGAGUGACAUCCUUCACACAGGAGAUGCAAAAUUAAAAGCAGAGGGCUUUCAGCUACUGCUGGACAACAGAGCAGAGUAUGGAGACAGCAGGGAGUUUCUGUGGCGACUGGCUCGGGCCUACUGUGAUAUAUAUGAGUCCACUGAAGACGAACAGCAGCGGAAGGCCUAUGCACAACAAGGUAAUGGACACAUGUGUCACAAUAUAAUUAUUAUAAUAAUGACUCAGAGUAAGUGUCACAAAUGGUUUGCUGUGCUGACAGGACUGACCACUCAGCACGACAGCAUGCAUGGCAAACUGAAGAGCAGCCACAUCUUAAAGGAGCAUCUGGACCAUGCAGUCGCCCUCAGAGAUGAUGACCCCAUGUGUUUCUACCUUCUUGGUAAAUGGUGUUAUGAGGUGGCUACUCUGGAUUGGUUGGAAAAGAAGGCAGCUGCUGCCAUCUACCAGAGUCCCCCCUUUGCCACACUACAUGAUGCCCUUGAGAACUUCCUCAAGGCAGAGGACCUCAGUCCAGGUUUCUCCAAGACAGUGAGACUUUACAUUGCAAAGUGUCACAAGGAUUUGGGAAACAUAUCUGAGGCCACAAACUGGACCGAGCUGGCUCUGAAGAUGCCCACAAACACUAAUGACAUAGAGACCACUAACCUGGAGGCACAGCUUCGGAUCUGAACAAUUACAUUUCUUCUGAGAUCCAGCAGAUGGCAUUGAUUGGCUGGUUAGGCCACCAGUCCCUGCUAAUAUCCCAUAACGACA